GCACGUGUUUUGUGGUUGAAAAUAUUAAAUAUUUAUUUCUAUAUCUAUAACGUGAAUGGAGAUUUUCAUUCAAUAGUAAGCAAAAUGAAAUACGUAAAGGAAAUUAAUUCCACUAAGGGGGAAUCUAUAGAUCACGACUUGAAUAUGUGCAAGCUAGUAUCUCUAUAUUUCGACAAGUUAAACAAAGUAGUUAACACAGACAUAGUCGCAAAAAUUUGGAUGGCAAACCCAAGUGAUCCUGAAACCUCUGAAGACAAAGGAUCGAGCGGAGAUAAACAAAAAGCAAAUAAUAAACCAUCAGCAAAUGGACAUAAAGCUAUGGAUUCAACAGAUGAUACAGACGAUUCUGAAUUAUCUGAUAAUGAUUUAAAAUCCAACUACACCCAAGCACACGCUGGUGAUAUUUCAGACCAAGAGAGACCGCUCAGUGUCGUUGAGAACGACGGGAAUAAAUCCUAUCACUCCUUGUCUUCUACAGACCUCAGUAUAGACGCACGCGCUUGCAGACUGCCAAGGCAACAUAAAUCUAAAGAUGCUUUGUCAGAAAAAGAGAAACGGGAUAAAAAGUCUGAUCCAGCAGAUGAUGUUAUUGAACAUACACAAUUUGUUGAAGAGAAAAAGAAAAAAGGGAAAGCUGAUAUGGCAGGAAAUGAUAAUGCAAGCAGCUCACUGGAUAUAGAAAAUUUUAUAAAACAAUUGGUAAAACCAAAGGUUACUCUCAUUAAUUUUUUUGAUGCUGCUAUUGUCUAUGAUAAAAAUGACUAUGACAAUGUAACAGAAUUUCAGCAAAAACUAGUCAAUCUUGCAAAAUCUGAACUAAAUGAAGACUUAAGAAUAGAACUGUUUGACAGUGAAGAAUUUUCUCAGUCCAAAAUCAUGGUCGUUGAAGAUGUUUUGAAGAAAUGUAGCAUAGUCUUUGCUUAUCUCACUUCUAAUUUCACUUCGGCAGAACUUAUCCUUUUUAUUGAGGAAGCAAUUGGUAUUUCAAGAUUUGGGUUGGGAACUGAACAGGGUGGAUGUCAAAAUCCGUGGAUUUUGAAACCUGUCCAUACUAUGCCUCGUAAAUUAAGAAACUAUAAAACACCAGUUGGGUUAUUAACGGUAAACGGUAUUGACUGGUUUGAUAAACAUUCUUUACAUACAAUAAAAAAUAUUAUAGAAAUACUUCGAACCGCUAUAACACAGCGAAAACAACGAUCGAUGGAGAGUAGUACGUCUAUUAAUUAUACUUCAAUGUUUGGCGAAACGAGAGAAAUGCCACAUCUUGGGCCACCUUUCAACAUACCGCAUGGAUCACAAAGAUUUCCACAAGUUCAAACCCAUCAUCGGAAUGAUCCUCAUAGAUCUCACGUUUCACAAGAUAAAAUGCCGAUACCACUAAGUUCUUUAUCGCCUCAGCCGAUGCGAAAUUAUACAGCAGACAUUCGGACUGACACACAACCAAGUUAUUUCCCUAGCUUCCAGAACACUUCUUAUGCUAAUGUAGGACAAUCUCAUUUACAUCAGUAUGAUAGCAAUAUGUAUCUUCCAGCAGACAAUUGGACACAUGUGGGAUUUGAACGAAAUACAUAUGACCAGCCUCCUCCGUCUUACAAUUCGAUAAUGCAGCAUGAACAAUUCAGACAACCUUUUAUAAGUGAACGACAGGCCGGACGUACUAUUUCAACACCUGAAUUCGUUCAACAAUCAAAAGAUCAGUUUACUCAAAGAGCGCAUUCUUAUUGGCCUCCUGAACAACUGACAAAUUAUCAUGCAGCAACAAUGCCGCAGUUACAAACUUCUGUCCAUCCAAUAUCGGGUAUUCCACAAGGACCUGUCUAUCCACCACAAUUAGAUAUUGAUUUUCAAAGACAGAGCUCAAAUGAUCAAUAUUCAAGUAUGUACCGACAUUUGAGUCAAGAUGCAUUACCUAACCAAUCAGGAAACAUCAGGAUACCUGACCAACACGAUUAUACAGUACCGUCCUCGAGAGUUGACACUCUCUCUCAGAUAUCAGGGGAUCUCGCUACUAAAACAAAUCUUUCUUGUGAUGACGACGUUGAGGUUGAUAACAGCACAAUGGUUAGUAGUGAUGACGAUAGCAGAACAAAACAUUUCAAGAACGAAGAUAAAUAUAAUGAAUCGGAGGAAAGUUCAUCGGAGUCUGAUUGCUCCAGUGAUAGCGAUAGUGAAUGUUUUGGAGGAGCUAAAGUUGUAGAAAAAGUUGUCAAGAUAUACAAGUGUAAAAAUGUUCAACUAGGUGAAGGAAACACAGUAAAGGAGGUCGAAAGACAAGAACAGCCAAUAGAUAACAAAUUGAAGAGGAAACAAAUACAGGAAAAUAGAAAGAGUAACCAGCCUAUUCCUACUACUCCUGAAAGAACGGUCUCGACAGAACACCCGCAAAACUGUUUAUCAAAAUCAGAGAUGAACAUAUCUGUUUCGGAAGACAACAUGUCCGCGGAAGGUGCCCUGUCUGGAAGAUCUACUGACAACGAGGAACACACUUUUUCAUCAGAUAGGACAAAAUGUUUUGAAAAUACUGCAAACACGAGUCAUGCUUCUUUUGCAAGCCAGGGAACGUGUGUACAGAAAACUAAACCUGUUUUAAAACUUUCAGUGAAGACUGAGGACAGAAAUCUUGAUAGGUCAACUAAUUUUAAUAAUGUUUUUUCACCGGAUAAUAAUAUAACGGAAGAUCAGCUGUUUGGAAGUGGUUCUAUUCCACCAACAGUUUCCUCUACUACAGAGACAGCACCUUUUUGUUUCAGUCAAGGGAUUCAACAAACUAGGAAUAUAAGAACUCUUUUACAACCUUUGAGUAUUGACAGAAAAACUAGUUCUAAAAACACUUUUGAUAACAACACAGGUGUUAACACUGAAGAAGUUGACUAGCAAUCGCUCAAAAGUUUUACUUUUUAUAUUUAUAAAGUGAAUUUAUUUCAUAAUAAAGUGUUUUUUUUCUAAUAUUUGUCUGAUAAGCAGAUGUCAAAUAUUGAUAUAAUUGCUUUAAUCACGGGUUUUAUGUAAGAUUUAAAUGUACUCGGAUGUAUACUUUUAUACUUACUUGAUUUUAUAGGUAUUAUCUGUAUUUUUAAAAUGAUAACGAUGAUGAUAAUUUUGAAAUGAUAUAAAACAAAUAUAUUAGUCACUUGUUAUUUGUAUUGUAUAAGACUCAAUAUUAUAAGAAAAAACGAUCUCACAUUUUGAUUAAUAUUGUGAUUAACAAAAUAUUGUUUAUCUUAAUCAAGCAGUAAUGACUCAAACAGUAAUGUCAUUUCUGAUUAUUUACUAAUAAUUUCUAGUGUUUAGGUAUUAUUCUUAAUAUUUCAAAUACAUGAUUUAACAAAUAAAAAGUGAAACAUA